UACGUACAGAAGCGCCGUUGACUGUACGUGCGUGACCAACCCGUGUGACCUCUCUGUGUUGUUUCUCGCAGACUUGUCGUUGGGGUCUCCAUUCAUUAUUCAAGGAAAACGCACCCUACUUCCGCUCGUAAUGGUGAACGCUACGGUGAUCGCUUGCUGACAGAUAACUUUUGUGUGCAUGUGAGAAAAAGAUCGGGUAAUUUGAAAGGGAACGAGUGGUCACAGGUUUGUGGCAAGAGACAGUGUGAAGUUGCCCUCAUGCGAGGUUUUCAUUGACGCACAGCGAGCGCACAAGGGCUGUCAAAAUGGCCUCUUCCAAGAAGAACAUCAAAAAGCUGACGCUGUCUGUGAAGACGGAGGAUCCUGCGCCGUCAAAUGCUGUCAACAAUUCCAGUGCCUGCAUGGCGGCCAUCGCCAAGAAGCUGGCCGACAUGGAACUGGAUGAGACACAGAUGGAGCGCCUCAAGACAUUCCUGACCCUGAAGGAGAAAGUGCUGGCCGUCGGGGAGCUGAGCGGGGACGACUUUGAAAAGCUGGACGAGCUAGGGGCGGGCAAUGGGGGCGUGGUCACCAAAGUGCUGCACAAACCCAGCAACCUGACAAUGGCGAGAAAGUUGAUUCGUCUAGAAAUAAAGCCUGCCAUCAGGAAUCAGAUUUUCCGAGAGCUCAAGGUCCUACACGACUGCAAUUCUCCAUACAUAGUCGGCUUCUAUGGCGCUUUUUACAGUGACGGGGAAAUCAACAUCUGCAUGGAACACAUGGACGGUGGUUCGCUAGAUUUGGUCAUGAAGAAAGCGGAGCACAACAGAAUACCAGAAAGAAUCCUGGGUAAAGUAACAGUCGCGGUUUUGAGAGGGUUACAUUACCUCAGAGAAAAGCAUGACAUAAUGCACCGAGAUGUCAAACCCUCCAACAUACUGGUCAAUUCCAGAGGAGAGAUCAAGAUGUGCGACUUUGGGGUGAGCGGUCAGCUCAUUGACUCCAUGGCCAACUCCUUCGUCGGGACAAGGUCCUACAUGUCGCCUGAGAGAUUACAAGGAAUCCAUUACACAGUGCAGUCUGAUAUCUGGAGCAUGGGUCUGUCAUUAGUGGAGAUGGCCAUUGGACGGUAUCCCAUCCCACCACCGGAUGAUAAGGAGAUCUGUCAGAUCUUUGGCCGGCCGUAUGACAGUUCAGCCCAGAAGUGUAGUUGUAAACCUCCUGGCAGGCCCAUCAGCACAUUUGGGGAUGCGUCACGGUCCAUGGCUAUCUUCGAACUGCUGGAGUGCAUCGUGAAUGACCCACCCCCAAAACUGCCAUCAGAAGAGUUCUCAGCAGAAUUUGUAGAUUUUGUAAACAAAUGCUUAAUUAAGAAUCCACAAGAGAGACCAGAGGUUAAAUUACUCAUGGCCCACUGUUUCUCCAAGAAGUCGGAGACAGAAGAAGUGGACGUCGCCAGCUGGGUUUGUAAGACGAUGGGGCUCCGGAAGUCAGGAAUGCGCAAGUCAGUCAACUCGGCGCACUAGGCCUUCCGUCGUUCACAGAAUCAUCCAAGGACUGGUGGGAGCAUCCCAUUAGUCAGCCCCCAGGACCCCCUGUACAUGCAUCAGUGGUGUAGUCGAGUCUGGAUCUGAGACAGAGGCCAGAACAAAGAAAAGAAGAUUUUUUUUUUUCAAAUCCUUUGGUUUUUUCUCUCUUUGGCUUCAUCUUGAGAGCAGUGAUUAGCCUCAUGUGUUUACUGUCCAACUAAAGAAACAUUCGCCAAACCUUGGUUUCACAUUAGACUUUGGAUAUUUCUGUAGCAAGACAUGGAACUGCGCUAAUUAUAAACUUGAGAAUUUCAAUUAAGGGGAAUAUGUGCAUAAAAUUGAAGCCUGAGGCGAAAGUCAGAGACAAAAACCGAUGUUUGGAAAAGCAACCCAAAGUAGGAAUGAAUUCUUUAAAUCAUCACAGAUUUGAGUUUAAACUUGAGACCUAGCUCUAGCCUGAGUCCAACAUAUGGACGGCUUCUGACAUUGGUUUUUCUGUACCACUGUGCUUUUGGGUGCACACCUUAGGAUUGGGAAACAGGACAGCUUGAAUCUGAGUCAAAGAUCAAGUCCCUAAUCUUGUAAUUUCAAUGUAAUUUUUAAUACACCCCGGGGUUAAGGCAGCAGGAACCUGGUGCGCCAGUGAAAGCCAGCCUUCAGUGUUUGUGAACAGAAGCACGAGCAAGGAUUUCAGAUUAGUGCUGCCCAUCAUUCAGUCACUGCCAGUCGGAACCUGAAUUGACCGGAAAUGGCAUCCAAAGAUUGGGGAUCUGAGAUUUCCUAUGUCCCUUGCACCAGUGAUCAAGGCUGAGUGCAUGUUUUCUUCCCAUAUUUAAAAUUUGACUGCAGAGAAUGGGAGUAUGAAAUGUUUCCUGUUGUAUCACAGAAUGGGAAUACAACGUUGUGUCCAAGUUCUAUUUUACCAUACGUCCACUUGUUGUGCAGUCUUCUCAAAAUUUGGCUUCAAACCAGAGCCAAGUUUUUGUAAAAAAAAAAAGAAAAAAAAGAAGGAAUUUCAGCAGAUAUUUUUUGGCCUUGCAUGUUUGUAUAAUAUUUUUUAAUUAACUUUGCCAUCGAAAAGGAGGACGCAUGUUUCUGCUUCAAGACCCGGGGUUUGCAUCAGUGGAGUUUUGUAGCUUGCUGAAUAUUUAUGAGCAAGAGGCCUCAUUGCUGACCAGGAUUUGAAGCCAGUGGAAAGGGGAGCAUGAGCUUUGAUGCAUCGGCUUCUGUGAGUCGCCCUGUUAAGUGUGCAAAUGCAUGAGCAGUUGCACACCAAGCAAAAAAGUUGUCACAAAACACUAUAUGUGUUCUUGGUCUUGUUUCGGUAGACACAGCAUUGCACAGUUCAGUACAUUUCCUUCGUGCAUGCAAAGCACAUGCUGUUGAGGUGAGUGAGAUGACAUGGUGAGCAAGGGGAGUAUUUUCAGGUGGCCGAUGGUGCAUGACCUUCGCCCCAGCUGACAAGGGAGGGUUCACUUUCCCAACUAUCGCCCCCUACUCCACCCGACAUUAAGCACCUAUCACAGUGCCUUCAUCGGGCACUUGGAGGGUAGAACCGGGGGACGUAAUAAUAGAGAUAAUGUUGGAAUCCUACAAGCAGCAUGUCAGCAGAGUGCGCUGAUGUCAGUGGCAAAAUGCGCUCUAAUAUAGAUGCCAAUGGCAGAAAUCUCUACUGAUGAGCUAGGGAUUGCAGUGACAGGCUUUAAAUCAAGCCUGACUUUGGGCACAAUUUUGAUGCUAGUCAUUCCACAACUCCCUGGAAUUGGCCUGUACUUUUCUCAGCUUACAUUUCUGAUGGGAAGAGAAGGUGUGACCCACAGGUUGGCUUUCCAAUCGUGAUCCCGGAAAAAAGAUUUGAUGGGAAAGGAAUUUGACUUGCACUGAUGAAAGGAGAAUAGUCAGGUUUGGUGCAAAAAACAGGUGUCAGUGAGCUGUGUUACUUUAAUUUACUUGUCUCUGCCCAGUUGAGCAGUUCUCUGGACUUUGUAAAGCCACACAGCCAUAGAAUUCCGCAUGUACUUGGGGGGGAGAUUUGCAGAAUGUUCGUGAAUUUUAAUUGAUGAAAACGGUGUUGUUUUCAUAACUUCCACUUUGUUUCGCACAAGUAUGCUGGAAGUACAUAGGUAACUGAACAAAAAUUGUUUGAAUCUAUGUGCAAAAUAAGUGCAGUGAAAUGCACAUUUGUUUCUCAAGAUAAAGGGAAAAACCGUGUAUAUGUGGAAAGAUUAAUUUUGAAACAAGGAGAGGAAGACAUCGGGAACUACAUGUAGAAAAAUAUAGAAGCAGCUUGUAUAGAUGGUUUAAGUUAUACGGCAUAUAUAUAUGUUACAGUAAAUGUGGAAUAUAAUUACAUUAAUAACACAAAUGUACGUGAUACACUGUUGCUUUUUUAAUGGAACUUUGUUCUCUUUAUUUCAGUGGAAAUAUAUAUAUUUCUGUGAAUGUAUGAAGUCUGUGAUAUUUACACGUAGAAGUGCUUCCUCAAAUUGAUGUAUGUGAUACCAAAAGUGAUGCAUUUAGUAUUGGAAAGUUGUUCAGCUUCGUAGUUUAGCUGAGACCGGUGUUGAAUUGGAAGCAGUUUGCUACCCCCAAUGCUCCUAGAUUGUUUUCAAUUGGCCAGAAAGUUCCGUGGGACUUUGCAGGAUUGCGGAAGGUAGUUUCCGCAGCCUGGUUGCUGUUACUUGACUAGAUGGCUCUUGGCAGUUGAGGUAUGAAAUCUGGGCUCCUGCAGUUUAAUGGAUUUUGGAGGAUGUAGGAUUGUAGGAGUUGGGGUUAAGCUGUGUCUGAUGUGUAGGCUACUAUUGAGGACUCAGCAUCUUCCGCUUACCGACAAUAACCUUGGUACCAUACCGAUAGAUCUUCAGCUAGAAAAAAAACACAGGAAAUCAUCUCAAGUGGUAUGGCAUCCAGGGUAUAACUGGGUACAAGAUGCCGCUGAAGUCUUUUCAGUUGUAGCCUUGAUUUUGUAAAGUAUCAAAGCAAUCAUUUCAGACGCUGGUGUCUGGGGUUGCCCUCCUUUUGUAAUUCUGUGUGCAGUGCACCACGUCAUGACAAUGCGUUAAUCUAAAGUAACAUGGUUUGUUUCCCUCCCCGCCUGUUUGUUUGGUUUAUUUAUAAAUAAACAUGUACAUGUGCAUGUUGGACCAGAUUGACAAGUUAUGUCUUGUAAAUAAUACACGUAUGUGCCAUCAAUAUUGCUGUGCUAUUAAUUUUUAAUUCUUUUUGUCUGUUGCAGCUUAUAAACACCCCCCCCCGUUAAUAUUCCCAAAUUGUACAUAUAUGUAAUUGUGGCAAACGCUUUGUUUCAGUAGAAUACCACUAUAAUAGAGAGAAAAACGCUUGCUGUUCACUCGUGAGGUUUUAGCAUUGUUGAAGUUGCUAGCAUUGUGACUCGGCUAAGAUUCUUGGCCAUGUGUUGCAUACAGGUUGGUGGAUUCAGUAGCGUGCUAUGAACAGAGAUGAUGCAAACAAUCGCAGACAGCCAGUGUUCAUGUCAAAGCCAGAUGGCUGUGUUGGUGGACCAUGUCUGCGGAGGUCGCUGGUUCGAAUCCCACUGCAGUUAUCUUUGUUCUAUUCAGUAGUUAGGAAAAUACUUGGGAAAACAUGACAAAUAUCUGUAUACCUUUCAUGUAUGUGCACAUAUUAUCUUGUUUCCGUUUGGGAUUAGGUAUGUGCAUACCUGGGAAACCAAGGUUUUGCCCAACUGUGGGAAUGUUGUGUAAGCUGGUUUCCUAGUUGAUUCAGUGUUAUCACAGUUAAAAAGGAAGGGUUGGAGCAAGUGUAGAAGUGAAUGAUUUCACCUUCCUGGUUCACAUGUGCAGUUACUGUACCAUUUGCUGUUAGUCAUGACUUAUCAGGGAGAUCACCGGAUUAUCCCCCUCAACAUUGUCAGUGGCCUUUCUGAUUUUCACCGUAAGGGACAGGUGCACACCGAGUCCACAACUGGCACAUUUUAUAGUGAUAUUCUACUGUAUUAUGAUUCACUCGUACCCUGGACCAUCCUUAGUAUUUGUUGUUUAUUUGCGUCAGUUUAGGGAGUGCAGAUUUUGUGUAUUUAUGAUGAUGUAUGUUUUUACAUAGAGCAAUAAUGUAACUUGGAGAAUUGUGCACAAGCCAAAUUCUCACCUGAAGUGUAUGGUAACAUGUUUUCAUCAAACAGUCCAGCAGGAAUACCCUGGCAUGGAUUUCUAUUGAUUGAAACACUGAAUCAUGUUUGAAAUCUGCUGCCAUUGCUGCUUAUAUUUUCAAAGGAAAACAUGAAGACAUUCUGCUCCCCCGUGGUAUGCAUAGGUUUAGCUGUGUUCAAGGCGAGAGAGAAGACAUGACAAGUAUUUGAAGUCAAAUUAAGGUGGAAGAUUUAUUUUUUGCCAUAUCCAUGUACAUGAAAUAACUCGCACAUAUUGGUAUUUGGUAUCUUGUCAAAACACUAUGCCUGACUCAGCAAUCUUGGUGAAAAUAGAAGGAAAUGAGGAAUCUCGUGUUUUAAAGAAUACGGUGGCAUCUUGAAAGUCGUUCACAUUCUUUUUUAAAAAUUUGGAAUUUGUGCCUGGGGGAUUAACUCGAGUCACAAGUCAGUCCAAAAGCAGUGCGUCAGUCGAUGGCUCAACAGGUGAAAUAGACCAUUCACACCACAGGAACACUUGCCUAAUUUUUUUUCAAAACAGAAAUAUCAUUCUCGGAUAAAUUUAUAAGCUUAGAAAAAAUGAGCAUGGGAACCAGUGGCAUCUAAUGUGCACUUCAUGACAAUUUGGCUGGUAACCGAAUUUCAUUUAUUGAAGUUCUACACUACUCGGUGUUCUGUGCCUAUUUGACCGGCACACCAAAACAUGCCGCUGCUUAAAAAGGACGGUGUAAUAUUGAAUGUGGCAUAAAACCAACUCCAAGGAAAUGUAUUUAGGGAACCUCAGAGAAAACAUUAUUUUAAUCUGCAUAGUAGUAAGUGAAAAAUAGUCACAUGGCAAAUAAAGUACCACAAAAUAUA